AUGAACUUAUUUCUGCAGGUGACCAAGUUGGAGCGAGAAAAGGUGCAGGAAGGCAAGCGCAUUCGCGAACAGGAGCAGCAUCGACAUACGGCGGCGCUGACGGAGCAGCGGGCUCGCUGGCACGAGGAGAAGUUAAAGGAACUCGCAGCUCUGCGGGAAUCGCUCACACGGCAGCACGAGCAGGAGUUGGCGCGUACCGCUAAGAUUAAAGAAGGCGAGAUCCAGCGUCUGCGGACUGCGCUCAGUGCACUCCGCGAUGGCAGCGGCGAGAAAGUGCGCACUGCGCUAACGCUCGAGGCCCGAGAGGAAGCCCGCCGCUUCUUCGACCAGGAGCGCGUCAAGCUGCUGCAAGACAUAGCCGAGAUAAAAUCCUCCAAACGGCAGACAGAUGAAGCGCUGAAUACUAUGAUCUUAGCCGACAAGAUGAAGGCUGGUGACCUGCGCACUGAACAUCAAGCGCACCAGGAGCAAAUUUCCAAGAUCAAGUGGGACAGUGAGCGAGAUAUUCGUCGAUUGGUGGAUGAGAUCAAGGCGAAGGACCGGACGAUCUUCUCGCUGGAGAAAGAGCUGGAAACAGCGACAGGCUUCGUGCAGAAGCUGCAGCUACAGAAGGAUGCGCUUGAUGAGCAGCUUUUUUUGGUCAAGGAGGCAGAGUGCAACCUGGGAAGCCCCAAAAGAGAGAUCCCCGGCCGUGCUGGAGACGGAGCAGAGCAUUGUGGGAGUCCGGACAUGAGAAGGAACCAGAAACGCAUGAGUGAACUCAAAGCCACCAUUCGUAAGCUGGAGGACCGCAACUCAAUCUUAGUGGAUGAAAGAAACGAGCUGUUAAAGCGUGCUCGAGAAGCAGAGAAACAGUGCAAGCCCUUACUGGACAAGAACAAAUUAUUAAGUAGGAAAAAUGAUGAACUCAGCCAGUCCCUUCAGAGGAUGGAGGAUAAACUUAAAUCCAUUACCAAGGAGAACCUGGAGAUGAGGCAUAUUGUUGUAGACACAUUGUAUGGGUAUGAUGAAGAGUCUAUGGAUUCGGAAACGUCCUCGGUGGCUUCCCUGCGCAUGGACCGAACCCCGGCUACACCAGACGAAGAUUUAGACGAGGGUUUGGCGGCUGAAGAGUCCGAGCUGCGCUUUAAGCAGUUGACACGGGAAUAUCAGGCUCUUCAGAGAGCAUAUGCCCUCCUACAGGAGCAGAAAGGAGGUGUGCUGGACGCUGAAAUGGAGGCUAAGGCUCAUGAGCAGCUCCAGGCAGACGCUCAAAGGUAUAAAGCUAAAAUCGAAGACCUGGAAAAGGAGGUCUCUUUAAAAGGGCAGGACUCCAGAUGGGUGGAAGAGAAGCAACUGUUCCUCAGACGCAAUCAGGAGCUGCUGGAGAAGGUUGAAAAGCUGGAGAAUGAAAACGGAAAGCUGCAGCAGGAACUACAGGACUCUAAAGAUCAGAAUGAACUCCUGGAGUUUCGCAUUCUUGAGCUCGAGGAGCGUGAGAGGAGAUCGCCUCCGUUUACCCUUCAAAUCCAUCCUUUCUCUGAGGGAGUGAGCGCGCUGCAGAUCUACUGUAUAAAGGAGGGCGUGAAGGACGUGUGUAUACCAGACCUCAUCAAGCUGCUGGAUAUACUCGGGGAUAACGGGAACCUGAGGAAUGAGGAGCAGGUGGCCAUUAUUCAAGCCAGUACCGUGCUGUCGCUCGCUGAGAAGUGGAUACAGCAGAUUGAAGGCACAGAAGCAGCUCUGCAUCAGAAGAUGAUGGACCUGGAGCUCGAGAUGCAAAUCCAGGAGCUGGAGGCGACCCUGUACAAUGCACUGCAGCAAGAUAAAGUCAUCAAAUACGGAGAACCCCUGGACGAGCUGCAGAAGGACGAGUUACGCGCAGCUGUGGAGAAACUGCGCAGACAGAUGCUGCGUAAGAGCCGAGAAUAUGACUGUCAGGUGCUGCAGGAGAGGAUGGAGCUGCUCCAUCAGGCCCAUCAGAGGAUCAGAGACCUGGAGGACAAGACUGACAUUCAGAGGAGACAGAUUAAAGAUCUAGAGGAGAAGUUUUUAUUUCUCUUUUUAUUCUUCUCUCUUGCCUUCAUUCUUUGGCCUUGAUGUCCGUGACAUCUCCUGCGGAGG